GAAGCAGAUAAAAGAUGGAAGAAAAAUGAGAAGCCAAACGAAAGCAAGAAGAGAAAAAGCCAACGCGGUUGACUCCAAGUCGACGACUACGAAAAAUACCCACGACAUAUCCCAUCCUCCCCUGGUUUUCUCUUCUCCUUCUAUGGAGCCUCCUCCCCUCUUCCUCUUUCUUCCUUUUUUCAAGUCAGAAACCCUCCCACCAAACCCUAACCCUAAUCCCCAUCCCAAUUACAGUUCCGUUCUUCCUCUACUUAUUUUUCUUCUAUUAUUCGAUCGAUAGGAUAGGAUUUGGAUUCCGGCCAUGGAGGGAGCUCUACAGGCCCUGAUCGCCGCCGUUGUCGCCUUCUUUGCCGUCGUCCUCCUCUUCUUCCUCAUCCUCCUCCUCUGCCCCCGUACCCCCAAAUCCCGCCUCGGACCCUCGGCUCUGCCUGCGCCGCCCCUCCCUCUUCGCCGCCCCCCGCCUGCCUCCAUCGUUGCCGACGAGAGCGCCUCCUUCGACCCCUCCCUCGACCACAUCUCCCUCAACGAGCUCGCCGCCGCCACGAAGGGCUUCGCCGCCGACGCCAUCAUCGGCGACGGCAGCUUCGGGUUCGUCUACAAGGCCCGCCUCUCUUCCGGCGCCACCGUCGCCGUCAAGCGCCUCUCAGCCGACGCCUUCCAUGGCUUCCGCGAGUUCCGCGCCGAGAUGGAGACCCUCGGCGGCCUCCGCCACCCCCACCUCACCCGCAUCCUCGGCUACUGCAUCUCCGGCGCCGACCGCCUCCUUAUCUACGAGUUCGUCGAACACGGCUCCCUCGACCACUUGCUCCACGAGUCCGACUCGCGCGACUCGAUCGACUUGGUCUCCUCCCCACUCCCGUGGCCGAUCCGUGUCCAGAUCGUCCGCGGGGUCGCCGCUGGCCUCGCCUUCCUUCACGAGGAGUGUCGGCCACGGAUCAUCCACCGGGACAUCAAAUCGAGCAACGUGCUGCUCGCCGCCGACUUCGAGGCGCGGAUCGCCGACUUCGGGCUGGCGCGGCUGGUGGACGUGUCGCGGACGCACGUGUCGACUCAGGUGGCGGGGACGAUGGGGUACAUGCCGCCGGAGUACAAGGAGGGGCUGAUGGCGGCGACGGUGGCGGCGGACGUGUACAGCUUCGGGGUGCUGAUGGUGGAGACGGCGACGGGACAGCGGCCGAACUUGCUCCGGCGUCUGGAGAACGGGAAGCAGGUGUGUCUGGUGCGGUGGACGAGGAGGAUGGUGGAGGAGAGGAGGGUGAUGGAGGUGUUGGAUGCGAAGAUGGGGAAGGAAGGGGUGAGAGAGGAGGAGGUGAAGGGGUAUUUGGAGGUGGCCUACAGGUGUACCGAUGAGAACCCAAGGAAGAGGCCCACCAUGGCGGAGGUGGUAUCCCUUUUGGAUCAUAUUUAAUUUAAUUGUUACACUUGGACAAAGUGCAUUAGUUGUUA